ACUGGAAGGAAUGAAAAUUGUGAAAAAUCAGCUGGGGUUUGGUUGGUUUGCUUCAUGUACUGCACUGAUGUUUACCAGAUGUUGCACAAAUUUAUAUGUAGAUAGCCGACAGGAGAUUCCCUUUUGCGGUUGAACAAACCAUCUCAGCAUGAGAGUUCUGCCUGUGGCACACAGAUGUCACUAGUCCCUGGGUCAGGCGACUAACGCGAAUGUUAGUCAUGAUCCCAACGGUAAGAGGUGCCACGGUCGAUUUUGGCAGCUGCGGCGCCAAAAAAGCUCGUCUAUGGAUAGCCAAUAGGCAAUAUUCAUCCUUGUUAAAACCGCCAGAACAAAGGAAUCUGCAUCAGUGACAUUAUUGAAAUGCCCCAGAUCGUGUGGCUUUCUCGAAAUAACUCAUUCACUUGAGAAGUACUAUACGAGUUAAAAUGUAUAAAUCAUCCUUGCUGUGUCCCGAUUCGCUCUUUUCUCCACAUACAUGGCUACGUUUGUGAAUACGAUGUAAGGGCAAUUAGAAACUUCAUUUGUGAUCUUCAUGUCCGUGGGGAAACCGACAACUUGUAAAGACGCUCUGCGACGAUGGGAGGAAGAAAAUGGACAAGAAGCUUCUUCAGCCACAGAAGUGGUUUUGAGCUUUCAGUGGCCACCAAUCGAGAAAAUGGAUAAUUCACUUUCAAGUCUAGGGAAGUGUGAGAAACUUUCAUUAUCAACUAAUAUUAUUGAAAAAAUAUCCUGCUUAAGUGCACUGAAGAACUUGAAAAUUCUAUCCCUGGGACGGAAUUUUAUUAAGGGUUUCACGGGCUUAGAGGCCCUGGGGGAAACUUUGGAAGAACUGUGGAUAUCAUACAAUUGCAUUGAGAAAAUGAAAGGUAUUCAGGCCAUGAAGAAUCUACGUGUUUUAUAUAUGUCAAACAAUCAAGUACGAGAAUGGAACGAAUUUAUGAGGCUUCAAGAAUUGACCAAUUUGCGAGAAUUAUUAUUCGUCGGAAAUCCACUUUGUGAGAGUUUCGAGACUGAGCCUUGGAGAGCAGAGAUCGCUCGGAGGCUCCCGAAUUUGGAAAAGCUUGAAGGAGAACCAAUUAUCCACACGGAAGAUAAUUCCUCCACCCAGCAACCUCAACCAUCUGGGAAAUAUGAAAUUCCCGUAACGAAUUCUGCUAAACCCAGCGACGAUGUUCCCACAUAAAAAGAUUCCAAAUUCAG